AUGAGGUUCCUCUACCUUGUCUUCACUGUCUUUCUACUUGUCUCCUUGGCUGUCCCAGGCUAUGGGCAGAUAAUGAAGCAUUGUCCUGAGGUAGGGCAUUGCUCCAGCAAGUGUGCCAAGGCAGACCUGUGGUCCUUCUCUGCUGACUGCAAGUACUACUGCUGCGUCCCGUCCGACUGGAAGGGGAAAUAG